AUGAAUUUCUUUCCAGGUGAUGUUGGGGGGGCUCGAAUCCUCUUUCGCCUGUAUAGUCGAACGGGGAUGAAGGCCGUCUACUCCACCGAUGAUGCCGGGUGGUGGUAUUGGGGAGGCACUCGCUGGCUCUUUGACAAGACGGGGGCCCAUAUCCGUUCUAUCUUCCAGCGGGAGCUAGAGAGCAUACAGAGAAUCUUCGGGCGGGAGUCUCAAAGUGCCGAAGAACGUGAUGAUGAUGAUCCGCAGCCGGACCCCGCAACCGAGGACGCUUCGACCUUUGCAGUCCCAAAUGACUCGGUCAUUGAUCUGAGCCAAGAGCAAUUCUCUCCAACAGUUGGGCGGCAGCAGGUCAAUUUUCUCUCCCGAGCAAGAAUGAGCAACCUCCUCUCCGACUGUGAAAGCCCAGAGUUCUUUGGAUACAGCUCCUUUCGCCAGCUGUUGGACGGUGUCAAGGACAUUCUGCCGGUCAAGAACGGUGUGAUCGAUCUUCGGACGGCCACACUCUUGCCCCACCAUCCCAAGAAGUUUAUGGGGUACGCAUCAACCGGACACACCAACGAGCAGUGUCUUGGAAUGGGAAUUGGAGGGGGCUCUAAUGGCAAGACGGUGACGAUGCACGUUUUGGCCAAGGUCCUCGGCCCGUACUAUGUCGAGGUUCCGAAGGAGCUGUUGGUCACUGCACCGGGCCAGCGGCCCGCGGGAAAAGGCAAUGCCUCUCCAGUGGAAGCGAGUCUUCAAGGGGCAAGGCUGGCUGUGGCAUCAGAGACAAAGAAGAAUGACAAAUUGGACGAGGACAAGUUGAAGUCAGCGACAGGGAAUGUAACAAUGACAGCCCGGCAGCUCUACCAGGGGUUCAUGACUUGGGAAACAAGCCACCAGUUGAUGCUUCUGACGAACUGUUUGCCACAAGUGGAGGACAUGGACUUUGCUGUCGAGCGCCGUAUCAUCAUCUUCAACUUCAUGAAGUCUUGGCGGAAGAUAGACGACCCGCGCUUCGACCCUGAAGACCCUUUCAACAACGGCGUCCUCGAUAACACUCUCCUUUCAAAGCUGACAACCUCGGAGGCACUUCAAGAGGCUCUUGUGUGGAUCGUGACGGGUGCCAAGGUCUGGUACGACUCUGGUAUGGCUCUUGGACCUCAGCCGGCUGACAGCCGAAGAGCGCUUCGAGAGUAUGUCCACGAGUCUGACCCGUUCCAGCGGUUCUUGGACGAGCAGGCCACCUUGGACAAAAAUCUGAGAAGGUCAACGAAGUUCACGGCUUCGGUUGACAUCAUUGGAAGGUAUAGCAUGUGGCUCGAGGAGGAGGAGAAUUGGGAUGUUCCUCGCAUUGACGGGAAGGGUUUGAAGGCCCAACUAGGAAAGCGAGGUCUCGAGUAUACCAACAAGCCGACAAGGGGCUACAAGGGGAUCGAACUGAAGGCACGGGAGCACAACGACGCCUCAUCAUGA